ACUGCAAAUUUCCGUCUUUUUUUUUUUCCGAAAAAACUUUACGGUGAUCGCGAAGUCCGUAAAGAUCGCAUCUUUGGCCCGAGAUCCCUGAUAAUUCAUUUGAAUCUUGGAUUCCGAUGUCCCGGCUUGGUGAAGCACGAGAGGGAGAAGCGGUGGGGAAUGAGAAGCACGAGAGGGGCCGCAGCAGUAGGCGGAGCUGGCGGCGGCAGUGGCGAUCGAGUGUGUGCGUGGCGGGGAGGCGGCGACACUCCACCCCGCCUUCAAGCGCAGCAACACCUCCAUCGAGGUCUGCGGUUCUGCAUCGUUCCCCACCGCCCCCCCGGCACCAGGCGAUGAACAUCGUGGCGGCGACCGCCGAUGGAACCGCUUCCGAGAAAGGAGACGGUGAAGUACAUGCUGAUGCAUGAGGAGGAGCAAGUUCAACCCUUUCCGACUCACCUCGCUACUCUCCGGCGCCGUCGUCGCUUUCCGGUGAAUAACACUUAAUUUUAUAUACUUUUUCUUAUCCAUUCUCCACCCAAUUGUUUGUUGCAAUAGCCAUGCAACUCAACACGUCGUCUGUGGUCUAUGAAAAAGCGCUAAUCGCCGGCAAAACUUGGGCGGCUCUCCAAAUGGCAUCAGUUUCGACUGGUGCGUUGGAGAUAAAGAGGCUUUCCGAUCGCAGAUUUCUGAACUAUCGACGUCAAUUAUUAUAUGCGGAGUUCGCGAUGUCCACGGAAUCCGAAGAUUCCGAUGCCAGGAUAAAUGUUGGCAACAAGCGUUUGUCCUCUUUCGUUUUUUUCUAUUACAAUACGUCCUUUCGUCAUAUCUUACGUGCAGAUGCUUUAUCCAACAUUCCAAUGAUUUCUUUUUUGUGAUUUUCACCUAUGCGAUGAACAUCAAAACCGAGAUUCGCUCUAGUAACUACCCCGAUUGACCUGUUGGACUUUUGUCUGACUUGCCGGUAUGGACGGCCAACUGUUUGUUUAAAUUCCGACAUGAAGAAUUCACCUCUUGCAUUGUGGAGGGGCGGCCACGGGUGGAGCACCACUCAGCCAUUUGGCCGUGAAUUUAGUUCGAGGCAUCAGGGUCUGUUACUGAACUUAAGAAGAUGGAUACAACGAAAAACAUUGAAGAACAGUUGGACAAGUUGCAUCCUUGUUUUUCAUUGCAAACAAGAAUUGCCAUUGUCGGAGCUGGCCCGAGUGGAUUAUCAGCUGCAUAUGCGCUAGCCAAACUUGGAUAUAGUAAUGUGACAGUAUUUGAGAAGUAUCAAACAGUGGCUGGAAUGUGUGAAUCAAUUGAUAUUGAAGGAAGGAUCUAUGAUUUGGGUGGUCAAGUUAUUGCUGCAAACAGUGCCCCUGUUAUUUCUCACUUGGCAAAAGAAGUAGGUGCAGAAUUUGAAGAAAUGGACUCACACAAGCUUGCACUCAUUGAUAGCCGCACUGGGAAGUUUGAAGACAUGAAAGUGGCUGAUGAUUAUGUUUCCCUUAUAUCAUUGACAUUGCGAUUACAAGAUGAAGCAAACAGUUCUGGUCAUACUGGCAUUCGUGCAUUAAGCAGCUUUGCAUCUGACCCAACUCUUGAUUUUCUCGAGUCACAUGGCCUAAGUUCUUUGCCGAAAUCAGUGGCAUAUGGUUAUACUGCAUCUGGAUAUGGUUUUAUACAAGACAUGCCUUAUGCUUACAUUCAGGAGUUCACUAGAACUUCCAUGGCUGGAAAGAUUCGACGUUUUAAAGGCGGAUACUCGAGCAUGUGGCAAAAACUCAGCCAGUCUCUACCUUUUGAAGUCCUGUGCAAUAAUGAAGUUGUAAAUAUCAGGAGGCAUACUUUGGGUGUCAGCUUAACUGUGAAGAAUGCUCAUAAUGAGGAAAAAGUCAUGAAAUUCGACAAAAUUAUCAUUUCAGGUGCUCUAGCCUUCAAGAAUGGAAGGACUUACAGGUCUUCAGCACUAGCCACUGAAGAAAGUGAGGUGGUAGAUUUGAAUGAUCUUGAGGAGCAGUUGUUCUGUAAGGUGCAGACAAUAGAUUACUACACCACUGUUCUCAAGAUUAAAGGAUUCGACCACAUGCCUGUUGGAUUUUAUUACUUCGGCGAAUUCAUGGAUGAUCCUGCAACAAUUGGACAUCCUGUGGCAAUGCAGAAGUUUUUCGGUGAUACAAAUAUAUUCCUGUUUUGGUCAUAUGGAAAUUCUAGCGAUAUCAAGGGUCCUACUGUGAUAAAGCUUCUGACUGAUGUUGUGAACACAAUGGGAGGAGUGGUUCAGGAAGUGGUUUUGCAAAGGCGGUUCAAGUACUUUCCUCAUGUUAAUAGUGAAGACAUGAAAGAAGGUUUCUUUGAGAAACUGGAAUCUCAGCUUCAAGGCUUUCAAAAUACAUAUUAUGUGGGAGGGCUGAUGGCUUUUGAACUAACAGAACGAAACUCAUUGUACGCCAUGGCUUUAGUCUGCAAAUACUUUGCUAAUGAUAGUGAGAAGCCACUCAUUCCAUACGUUAAGAGAUUAUUUCCUUUAGUUUCUAGCAGCGAGUCGUAUUUUCAAAGAGUAAUCGGUCAAACCCCUGAGUUAGUCUUUCCAGAUCUACCAUCUCUUAAUGGUUACUUGACGUUUUGGGGAACUCAUCCAAUCACUACUAGUAAAACUCUUUACACAUGGCUUAAUGAGGAAGGAAAGAUUGUGAAUCAACGAACUUUUGGCGAACUUCAAGCCAAUGCAUCACAUAUUGCUCAAAAACUAUUAAGUGACAAGUGCACUUUCAAGUCAGGUGAUCGAGUUCUACUAAUCUACCUCCCUGGUCUGGAGUUCAUCGAUGCUUUCUUUGGGUGUCUCAAAGCUAAAAUCAUUCCGGUGCCAGUUUUGCCUCCUGAUCCACUUCAGCGAGGUGGACAAGCACUUCUCAAGAUCCAAAACAUUUCUAAGUCGUGCAAUGCUGCUGCGAUUCUGUCUACUUCAUCAUACCAUCUGGCUGUUCGAACAGGAUUCUUGAAGAAUGUAAUUUCCUUGAAAAAGAGCAGUGAAAAUUCUUCAGCUAGUUGGCCUGAGCUCCCGUGGGUGCAUACGGAUUCAUGGAUUAAAAAAUAUCGAUGUCAGCCUAGAAAUUCCCAGCUGAAAGACUUGGAAUCUGAAAACUCUGAGUUCCCAGAGGAGAUAUGUUUUUUGCAAUUCACAUCAGGCUCGACUGGAGAACCGAAAGGUGUGAUGAUAACUCAUGGAGGAUUAAUUCAUAAUGUGAAGACAAUGCAAAGACGAUACAAUAGCUCUUCUCAAACUGUUUUGGUCAGCUGGCUUCCUCAGUACCAUGAUAUGGGGCUUAUUGGUGGUCUUUUUACUGCUCUAGUCAGUGGUGCAACUGCGAUACUCUUCUCGCCGAUGACAUUUAUCAGGAAUCCUCUUUUUUGGCUUCGAACCAUGAGUGACUAUCAGGCAACUCACAGUGCAGCUCCCAAUUUUGCAUUUGAAUUGGUAAUUAGAAGGCUAGAAGCAGAUAAGGCGAAGAACCAUACCUAUGACCUGUCAUCUUUGAUCUUUCUUAUGAUUUCUGCUGAACCGGUAAGGAAGAAAACACUAAAAAGAUUCAUUGAAAUUUCUCAGUCAUUUGGUCUGUCUCAAGAGGUAAUGGCUCCCGGCUAUGGUCUUGCUGAGAAUUGUGUAUUUGUGAGCUGUGCUUUCGGAGAAGGCAAGCCGAUCCUGAUAGAUUGGGAGGGUAGAGUCUGCUGUGGCUACAGUUGUCCAAAUGAUUCAGAUGUCGAUAUCAGAAUUGUAGACCCUGAAACUCUUCGAGAGCAUGAAGAAUAUGGAAAAGAAGGUGAGAUAUGGAUUAACAGUCCUAGUGCUGGAGUUGGUUACUGGGGCAAUGAGGAUCUGAGUCGAAAAACAUUCUUCAAUGAGCUUGAGAAUCACAAAGGCAAGAGAUACACAAGAACAGGAGACUUGGGAAGAAUUAUCGAUGGGAAACUUUUCAUCACUGGCCGAAUAAAGGACUUAAUAAUUGUUGCUGGAAGAAACAUAUACUCAGCUGAUGUAGAGAAGACAGUAGAAGGUUCAUCAGAUUCUCUACGGCCAGGUUGCUGUGCUGUCAUUGGUGUUGCAGAGGAAGUCCUGAAAACGAAAGGGAUUCCAGUUUCGGAGACUUCUGAUCAAGUUGGACUAGUUGUCAUUGCCGAGGUUAAGGAUGGAAAAUCGAUCGAUGAAGAGAUUGUUGAACGAAUCAAAUUACGAGUUGCAGAAGAACAUGGUGUCUCUGUGGCUUCUAUCAAGCUGAUCAAACCGAGAACCAUAUCAAAGACAACUUCUGGCAAGAUCCAGAGGUUUGAGUGUCUCAGGAAAUUUGCAGACGACACAUUAAUUCUUGCAACAAUGUCUGCUUCUUCCAAAAAGUCUCUAUUUCGAUCUUUUACUACUGGCAGCUCUGUGGAGAGGAGAAGUUUGAUCCCGCUGCUCGGUAAAUCUCUUUCUCCUGAUUCUCAGCCUUGUAAUGCUGGAAAGGAUGUCGAAGAGAUCGUUAAUUUCCUUAGACAACUCGUAGCGGAACAAACUGGCAUAGCUAUUGAGAAGAUAUCUGCUACUGAGAGUCUGGUUUCCUAUGGUAUCGAUUCAAUUGGGGUCGUUAGAGCAGCCCAAAAACUUUCUGAUUACCUCGGUGUUCCUGUUGGAGCUGUAGACAUUUUUACUGCAACUUGCAUUUCAGAUUUAGCGAACUUUUCCCAGAACCUUCUUAUUAAGUCCCAGCCCAGGACCAUGAAAUCAACCUCCCACCUUGACGAUAUGGAAGAUUCUGUUGAUCUCGAUACCAAUGCGUCAUUAAUUCAGAAGCUGGUUGUUUGCUUCCUACAAAUCUUGGCCAUUCUGUAUGUGUCUUCUAUCCUAAUCUUUCCUGCUUACAUCUCCAGCUCAAUUUUCUUCAGUUUGGUUUCGGUUAAUGUGGCUGAGAAUGUGUUACUUAUUUCUACUUUUCUUUCACUUGCCCUUGCACCUCUGGCCUGGAUUUCUUACAUCUUUCUCACUUGCCUUUUCCUCUCCUUCGGAAACUCAUUCCUCCAACUUAACUAUGUCCUCACUCCAGAAGUCUCUUUAUGGUCAAUCGAUUUCGUUAAAUGGUGGGCACUAAGCAAAGCUCAGGAAGUAGCUGCAAAAUUCUUGGCUGUCUUCCUCAGAGGCACAGUGUUCUUGAACUACUGGUACAAGAUGCAAGGAGCUCGGGUCAGGUCAUCUGUUCUAAUUGAUACCGUUGAGAUCACAGAUCCCUCUCUUGUUUCGAUCGGAGAAGAAGCCACGAUAGCAGAAGGUGUUCUGAUUCAAAGCCAUGAAGUGAGGAACGGUGCAUUGAGCUUCUGCCCAGUCAAAAUUGGCAGGAAUUCUACAAUCGGUCCUUACGCCGUGAUCCAGAAAGGAAGCAUAGUGGGAAUAGGCGAGGAAAUUCAACCUCUACAGAAAGUCGGGGGUGCAAAUCACAUAACUAUGCCAGUGAAAUCUUCUAAGAUCGAAAAGAUACACUUAUAUGAAGGCGUAUCAGAAAACUUGGUGCCAGUUUAUCACUUUCUGGGAAUUUAUGCUGUAGGUUGCCUUGGUUCUCUAUCCGGUGCCAUCGUUUAUUCGUCUUACGUAUACUUCUUCGGAGCCUCCUAUUCACGACACAACUUCACGUUCGCUUGCCUUGCCGGUGCCUUCCAUUGGUUACCUGCUACAAUCACAGCAUUUGCCUCCAUAACAACUGAGCUCCCAUCCAGUCCAAGUACUUGUGCUUUCUUCAUGGCUACUGCUUACUUCAUUCAUGGCCUGGUCCUUAGCCUCCUCACCGCCAUUUUAAACCGUUACCUCAAUAGUAAUAGGCGAGCGAGUUCAAAUUCCCACAUGAAGACAUGGUUUCUUGAUCAAAUAAACACUGCUAGCCACAUAAGGUUUGCCAAACUCUUGUCAGGAACAGAAGCAUUUUGCGUGUAUCUACGCCUUUUGGGGGCUAAAGUCGGGCGCCAUUGCUCUAUCAGGGCGAUCAACCCGGUCAGUAACCCUGCUAUGAUCUCAAUUGGUGAUGGUGUCCAUCUUGGCGAUUUUAGCCGCAUCGUAAGUGGGUUCUAUUCUGUUAAUGGAUUUGUUUCUGGGGAAAUUCAGAUUGAGAAAAACUCAGUGGUCGGCAGUCAGAGCUUAGUCCUCUCGGGAUCGAACAUCCAAGAAGAUGUUGUUCUUGGUGCUCUUUCGAUUGCACCAGUAGAUUCUAUCCUCCAAAGAGGGGGCAUAUACAUGGGCUCUCAGACACCCACCAUGGUCAAAAACACCUUGCAUCUUACAGAUGAGAGAAUUGAUGAAAUGGAUGCGAAGUACAAGAAGAUCGUCGGAAGACUCGCCGGAAACUUAGCUAUCACGACAAUGAAGGUCAAUUCGAGGUACUUCCAUCGAAUCGGUGUUGCCGGAAAAGGUGUUCUAAAAUUGUACCAAGAUCUCUCAGCAUUUCCAGCUCACAAAAUCUUCAGCCCCAACAAGUGCUUCUCGGUGGUGAUCCGACAUAGCAACAGUCUCAGUGCCGACGACGAUGCAAGAACCGACGCACGGGGUGCGACUUUACGAGUUUUCUCUGAAGAAGGUUAUGAAAUUCCUCUUCUUGACCUGACUCUGAAAACAGGCAAAGCGUUCUACGCUCGCACAAUCGAAGACUUUGCCACAUGGCUGGUCUGCGGCCUUCCGGCGAGGGAGCAGCAAGUGAAACGGUCUCCUCACAUCUGGGAAGCCGUCUGGGGUUCUUUGAGGAACACAAACUCUUUCACAGAGCUGCACUACUACUCCAACAUCAGUCGAUUGAUUCGCUUUGAUGAUGGCCGGGAGAUGUAUGCCAAGUUCAAACUGCGGCCGGUUGAUUCUGAGAUCGGUGAGGAUUCCGGUCAGGUGGUUCCAAAAGGCAUUCUUCCUCCGGAGACCGGUGCGAUCCCGAGGGAAGAGGGCGACACCCGUCCCUUGCUCUUCCUGGCUGAUGAUUUCCGGCGACGAGUGAGCUCCCCGGCUCAUGUCCGUUACGUGUUUCAGCUGCAAGUCCGGCCAAUUCCCUCUGACGAAGCAGCGCGCGAAGAGGCUCUCGACUGCACCAGGCCGUGGGAUGAGUCGGAAUACCCGCACGUCGACAUCGGCGAGAUCACAAUCGAUCAGAAUCUCACUGCGGAAGAAUCUGAAAGGCUCGAAUUCAAUCCGUUUCUGCGUUGCGACGAGGUCGAUGUCAUCCGAGCAAGCUCGUGCUCGCAGAGCGCGUCCAUCGACCAUGGCCGGUCGUUGGUGUACGAGAUAUGUCAACGCCUGCGCAACGGCGUUCCGCUUCCGAUGGCCUGGCGGAAUUUCCUCGAGCAGUCUGAUGUAAAAGUGGACCUUUCCGGCUGUCCGAUGAUGAUGAACGCAGAGCUGAAGAAGGUCGCUCCUGAUCGGAAAGUGACGUUAGCGAGGACAUGGUAUCAAACGCUAUGGGCAUCCCUUUUCCAGCCAUUGCUGCAGACGUUCCUGCCAUAUCUCAUCAUCGGAGUAGUGAUCUUCGUGCUGCUCCGCUGGACGCUCGCCGUCAAGUCAGCCACGGACCUGCCUCUGCACUGGCUGCUACCACUUUUCUGGGCGGCAUCCGGCGUCGCCGCUGCGAUCGUAUGUGUUGCAGCCAAGUCGGUUCUGGUCGGCAAGCGAGAGGACGGCGAAGCGGAGCAUGUAUGGAGUCGGGUGGUGUUCAUGGACACUGUGUGGCAGGCUCUGAGGACUGUCGCCGGCGACUACUUUCUCGAGAUGAUCACCGGAUCUGUGUUCUUUGGGGUGUGGAUGAGGCUGCUGGGCGCGCGUAUCGAGGUCGAACACGGGGUCUACGUGACCAGCAUGGGGGCGGCGCUGAACCCUGAGCUGGUGGAGAUUGAGAGAGGCGGCGCCGUCGGGAGAGAUGCAGUGCUGUUCGGGCACAUCUAUGAAGGGGAAGACGGGAAAGUGAGGUACGGGAAGGUGAGGGUCGAGGAGGGUGGGUUCGUCGGAAGCAGGGCGGUGGCGAUGCCCGGCGUAAGGGUGGAGGCUGGAGGUCACCUUGGUGCUCUCUCUUUGGCCAUGAAGGAAGAAAUUGUCAAGUCAAUCUGAAGAAGCAGGUUCGAACCAGUCAAAAUAUUAAAUCAAUAAGAUGUUAGUGUGUUGUAUAGUACUAUUGUACCCUUGCGAGUGCAGCCGAGUUGAUACUCUGAGUAGUACUUGUCAUUAGCGAGGUAUAGUUUGAUUUUCGAUGGAUAGAACUAUUUUAGAUUAUCUCAUGCCCUUUAUUUAGGAAGGCCGCUCGAGUAAAGUUGAAUAAGUCCCUUUAUUUUAUCUCUUUCUAGAGUGAUUGAGACCAUUUUGGAGGGGAUGUAUGUUAAGAUGACGAUUUUAUCUUUUGUUAUCCAUUGUGUUAUAUUAUAAAUGAAUCGAAUAUUUAUGAAUAAAUUAAAUGUUCAA